UGGGAGUUUCACGGGGCUGCUCUGCAAGGUCUGCAAGUAUGUGAACUGGCUGAAAUAGCAAGUGGAAAGGUGUACAGUGUGCGGUGUGAAAUAUAUGGAUGGUAUAUGACGUUUUAAAUGAUAACAGUAAUAAUAAUGCCAAUUAUAACGUGAAAUGGGGUGCGGCUUAUGACAAAAGUAAUCGAGUAUGACAUGAAGGAAUAUGAAUAUCCCAACACGUGUCAAGGACGUGAACUUAGAACUAGAGACCCUUAGACAGUGUUGAGGGUCGUUUGUAAGUUGAUAUGCUGAAGUAGAGUAAUAUAUUUAGAGCAUGUAUGUCAGAACUGGAACUGCACUGAAUCUUUUUGCACAGUACUUGAGUACUGGACCGUAGAGAUUUAUGAUUUGAUGAAUGGCUGAGGUACACACCGUCUUGGAAGACUAAUUUGACAGUCAUGAUGAGCAGUAUACAUGAUGUGUGUGGUAGUGUAUUAAGCCAUAUACCUGGGGUUGGAAGUUCAGCAAGUCCUGAACAUGGAAAAGUGUUGUGUGUGGGAUUGGCAUGUCUAGAUUCCAUCCAUGUGGUAAAAACAUUCCCAGUUGAAGAUACAGACGUGAGGUGUGUAUCAGUGCGAUUGCAGCGGGGUGGUAAUGCUUCAAACAAUUGCACAGUUCUGUCGCAGUUAGGGGCACCUUGUGAGUUCCUUGGAACACUCAGCAAGAAGCAGUAUUUAAGUGUUGUUGUGGAUGACUUCAAGGCUUAUAACAUAUGUAUCAACAACUGUAUCUACUAUGAGGCCUGUGAUGCUCCCAUGUCUGUAGUCAUAAUCAGUCAAACUACCGGAUCACGCACAAUCAUCCAUUCUAACAAGAACUUACCUGAACUCACUCUGGAUGACUUUAAGAAACUAGACAUGUCUCAAUAUUCAUGGAUACAUUUUGAGGGACGUAAUGUGGAAGAGGUUGUUUCGAUGAUUGAGUUGGUUGAAUUUUGGAAUGAGAAUCAUAUCUCUGAGCAUGAUAGAGGCCAUGGACUGGGACAUAAGGCUCUGCCCAUUUCCAUUGAAAUUGAAAAGCCUCGUGCAGAAAUGCAGGACCUCAUACCAUGGGCUGAUGUUUUGUUCAUUGGAAAGGAUUUUGCUGAAUUUUGUGGCUGUACCAACAUGUCUGAAACACUCAAGAAAAUUGCUCAGGACGCUAAACCCAAUGCCACUAUAAUAAGUGCUUGGGGUGAACAAGGAGCAAUGGCUCGUGGACAUGAUGGAACCGUUGUUCAGUCUCCAGCAUUCUGUCCACACAAAGUAUUGGACACCCUUGGUGCAGGGGACACAUUUUGCGGUGCAGCAAUUUUUGGCCUGUCUAGAGGGAAGUCGUUACAAGAUUCUAUCAUUUUGGGCUGCCAAAUAGCUGGAAUCAAGGUUGGCAUGGAUGGUUUUGCUGGCCUGGAUAAAGCAUGUAACCAUAUCAUGUAUGGUUCUGGUGAAUUGUAACAGCUGUUCUGUCUUACAGCAGUUUUGGUAGGUAUUUUGAAUGGAGAUUUAGAAAUGUAAGUACUGAUAUGCAGAUUUUUGGGCAAGAAAGUAUGUAAAUUAUGUGAGCAGAUAUGAUAGAUUAUUUUAAUGUUUAAGGGGUUUCCAUUUUUCAUUACAUUUUUUGAUCAUGUUCCCUGCAAUAGAAAUAAUGCUGUAUCGAAAUUUUACACCACUUUCAUUGCUAAUCUUUGAGAACUUUCUUUUUUGAUUUUUUGCACUGUAGCCUUUAGAAAUAAAGCAGUCUUUCUAUGUUAACACUCUUGAGGACAAACUCUCUGUGUGUGUAUGUGUGUGGAGGGGGGGGCAUAAGUCUUCCCCACUGUCUAGUCAACAUGUCAACCUAGCAGUUCCAACUAUCACUGUCCUUCCCUGACAUGUAUUUAUAGGGCUUGGACCUUUUUUAAUCAUAUGUCAAGCCAUGCAUUUGCUGAGUGCAGAAACGGUUUGUAGUUUAAUUGUAUGCAUAUCAUAAACAGUGGAAGCAAUUGUGAUUGACUCUGAAUGUUUAUGAUUCCUUCAGAGUCGAGCAAUAAAUUUAUAUUUGAAGAAAUAUUAGUAUAAAUAACACUGACCACUUUUGUUUAUUUUUUCUCCAUCACACUCUAACUAACUCCACAGGAGAUGCAGUCCUUAAGAAACCACCAGCUGUCCAGCUACUCAAGUAUUUCUCAACAUUUUAUGGAACAUGAAAGCUGAUGUUCACAAGAGUG